AUGGUGGUUCUCUUUCUCUUAGCAGCUUUGCUGCAAGCGCCGGUUUUGGGCAGCCUGUACGGACCCAGGUUUCUGACAGGUGAGGUCGGGGGGUCCGUCACCCACCAGUGCUUCUACUCCAUCACACCCGCCAACAAACACGACCGGAAAUUUUGGUGCAAAAUAGCAGAGAACGGAGUUUGCUACACCAUCGUCUCCUCGACCGACCCCGCCUCCCCGGAGUACGAGGGGCGGCUGUCCCUGCGGGACGUCCCCCAGAGCGGCACCUUCACGGUGACAAUGACGGGGCUGAAGGGCAGCGACACGGGGAGGUACCGAUGUGGCAUCGGCCCCACCAGGGGCGGCCUCUACGUCAGCCUGAACCUGACGGUUUCGGCAGAUGCCGGCGUGUCGAGGCCGAUCCAGGUCGUCCAAGGGAAGCUCCAUGGCUCUGUCACAGUCCUGUGCCCCUCUGGGGACACCCAAAGUGGUGGGAGGAGGUUCUGGUGCAAAGUGGGAAGAAGCAACUGCACUCUCCUAGCCGACUCUGAUGGCUACGUGGGAAGGAGAUACCACGGGCGCAUCUUCAUCACCCCCCGGGAGAGCUCUGGAGCUUUCAAAGUCUUGAUAAAUGACUUAGUAAAGGAAGACUCGGGGCUGUACAGGUGUGGGGUGGAAGGGCUAAAUGGUUUGGACAGCCCACAGGAGGUGGCUCUGCAGGUGACCACAGCCUUCGCUCUUCCCAGGAGACCCAAAUUCCUCAGCGGCACAGUCGGAGGCUCCCUGUCCUUCCAGUGCCACUAUGACCCCAAGGGGAGCUACAAGAAGAAGUAUUUGUGCAGGUGGGAGGAAGGGAGCUGCUCUCUGCUCCUGGACACCGACGGGUUUGUGCACGAGUCCUACAAAGGGAGAGUACAAACAACCAGCAGCGACCCCAAGCACGGGACAUUCACGGUGGUGAUGAGCCAGCUGAGAGAGGAGGACUCAGGAUGGUACUGGUGCAGGGCUGCCAGUGGGCACACAGAGCACACGUCCUCUGUGAAGCUGCACAUCCACAAGGAACUCUGCUCUUCACAAGACCCAGAAACAACCACUCCUGUCAAGUCCACUUCAUCAAGUCUGGCUGCCUCCAGAACACCCACACAGAGGAGCAUCAAGGGCCGGGUGUACACGGUGGGCUCUGUCACCAAGAGCACCACGGUGGGCACUGUCACCAAGAGCACCACAGUGGGCACUGUCACCAAGAGCACCAAAGUGGGCACUGUCACCAAGAGCACCACAGUGGGCACUGUCACCAGGACAACCAGGACCCUGCUGCCCACUGCCACCCCUGGCACCUCUGGAACCUCCCCAGGUGAAAGCUAUCACGAGAGGUAA